UUGUUUACGUAAGAGAAAGUUAAUUUCGUACUUCCUGGUGCAAACCUCGCGGGCAUGAUCAAUAUCUCAACUCCACAUUUGCGCUGUUUAAAAGUUGUACAUUUUUUCGGAGAUGAAUACUCGCAUAACCUUAUCAAUAAUCAACUUAUGCGGCUGUUUAUAAACGAAUUCAACAAUGACAGAUUCAAACAAACCUCAACGCAAGCUGUCCAGAGCCGGAGACAGUUUAUACAAGACAUUAGGUCUGGAGAAAGGAGCUUCAUCUGAAGAUAUUAAGAAGGCGUACAGGAAACUGGCGCUGAAGUAUCACCCUGACAAGAACCCCAAUAACCCCGAAGCAUCUGAGAAGUUCAAAGAGAUUAACAAUGCCAACACUAUCCUCAACGAUGAGACCAAACGACAGAUCUAUGACGAGUACGGCUCCAUGGGCCUCUACGUUGCAGACCAGUUUGGAGAGGACAGUGUUAAAUAUUAUUUCCUCAUGUCCAAGUGCUGGUUUAAGACUGUGCUCAUGCUGGGAAUGCUCUUCACCUGCUGCUGUUGCUUUUGCUGCUGUUGUUUCUGCUGUGGAAAAUGUGGCGGUCCAGAGAACGAAGACAACAUUCAGUAUGUGGAUCCGGAUGAACUCGCAGCUGAGAUGUCAGAGGAGCAGAAUGUGACCCGGGGAGGCAAUGACACGGUUAUCAUCGGACAGCCGAUUCCCUGUCCAGCCCCUGGAAAUUCAGAACACACUGUGAUCGUAGGAAUGCCCAUUCCUGCCCAUAGCAAUGGAAACUCAGAUGGAGACACUGUUAUACUGAUAACUUCAGACAUACAUGCGGAGAUGGCACAAGACUAGUCAGCCUACAAACAAGUCUGAAGAAUUAUUCAAGGGGCAGUUCACCUAAAAAAUGUUCUGUCAUCAUUUACUCACCUUCUUGUUUUUUGUCCAAACCUGUAUGACUUCCUUCUGUGAAACACACAAGGAGAUGGUUGGUAGAAUAUUGAGAUGCUAGGCAGAAUGACAACCUCAGUCACCAUUCUCUUUCAUCAAAAAAGAUGCAAUGAAAGUGAAUGGUGACUGAGGUUGUCAUAAUGCCUAACAUCUCCUUUUGUGUCCCAUGGAAGAAGGAAAGUCAUACGGGUUUAAAACAACAAGAGGGUGAGUAAAUAAUGAAAGAAUUGUCUAUUUUUGGGUGAACUAUCCCUUUAAGAAGGCUGGUACAUCCCUUUUAAGUCCUUGUUUUCAGCACGAGGAGUGUAGAAAUGUUAUCCCAGUGAGGAUAUCGCUGAUGAAAUGUGCUUCAGUGGUUUGUAUGACAUGCACACAGUGUCUGUGCAAUACUUGUGGCUCAUUUUAUCUCAAUAAUGCAGUUUUUGUUUACGUAAUUUUAUAAUUGCCUAUUUUUUUCUGAAAUAUUCCAGGAUUGUUAUCGCAGAGACACUUUAUUUUUCUAAUACUACUUAAUGAGGAAUAAAAAACGAAAUUAGUGUUUUUCAACAGAUGGGUUGCAGGUCUGUUCUGAUAGGGUCACGAACAGUACGGAAGACACACUGCUAAAUGCAAAUAAUAAAAUGCAAAUAACCAUAUAAAUGUGCAUAGUUGGGAUGGCAAAAUGAAUAGGCGUAUCAACUUUUACAAGGAAGGAGAAAAUGCUACCAGUAUCUUUUCUUGUUGACGUCCAAGAUCGUGCAUCCAAUCAAACUCUUAUGGUAUUUUGGCACAGAUAAAUGUGUUGUUUAGUAAUAUGGCUAAUACAAAUACAACAUCUAACUAGCCCAGUAUUUUUUCCAUGUGCUAGAUUUGCAAUUGACAAUUUUCCUGUUGCACCAAUGUCAUGUUAAAAAUUUGCAUAUUGAUGGGCCAAUACAGUUAUCAAUGCAAAUACACUUCAGUGUUUGAUUUGACAUUUACUGUAUGUUUACAUAAUUUUUGGUUCGCCAUUUGACGUCCAAUGUAAAAUGUGGGUCUUAAAGCAAAACCAGUUGACAACCACUGAUCUAGAGUGCAAAACAGAAAAAAAGUCAGCAAAUAACCUCAUGGUAAAUAAAAUGUUAUCUGUAAACAUGCAGUUUUUAUAAUAGCAUCAGCCACUACCACAUUCCAUUAUUUUCUUUAUAUAUUUUUUUUUGGUCAGUUCUCUGAUCAGUUUGUCUAAUUUUAAUUUCUCAUACACUGUAACAAUGUUAUAUGAACCGUAAUGAAUAAAUUAAUCUGUGAUAUUGGUAUGAAUGUUUUGUGUGCCAAAUGCCUGAACAGCACAAUAAUUCUUGUUGAUAGUUCACCCAAGAAUGAAAAUGUUCUCAUUUGCUCAACCUCAUGUUGUUACAAACUUUUAUGAAAGUUUCUUGUGUAGAACACUAAAGGACAUGUUAGCUUUGGUCACUAUUCAGUUUUAUUGUAUGGAAAAAGCUGCAGUGAAAUUGAAUGGCAGUUGAAGCUGUCAUACUGUCUGACAUAUCAUUUUGUGUACCAUGGAAGAAAGAAUGUCAAACCGGUUUGGAAAAAAACAUGAGGGUGAGUAAAUGAUGACAGAAUUUGUAUUUUUGGGUGAACUAUCCCUUUAAGAACAAAAUGCUUGUGGAACUGAACUUUUCUGAAUAUUUGUACACUGGAAAGUUGUAUCUAUAUGCAGUAUGAAAAAGAACAAAACCAAGAUUA